AUGAAGGAAACCGCAAAAUCUUAUCUUGGAAACACAAAUUCUAUGGUUGUAGUAUUUGUUCCAGCUUACUUCAACGAUGCUCAAAGGAAAGCUACAAAAGAUGCUAGUAGAAUUGCAGGUCUUGAUGUGCAAAGAAUCAUCAAUGCGCCCAGUGUUGCUCCACUUUCAUAUGGGACGAACAACAAGGAGGGUCUCAUUGUUGUUUUUAACAUUGAUUAUGGAAUAUUUGAUGUUUCCAUCUUAGAAAUUUCUAAUGGUGUUUUUGAGAGACCUGUGCUUGCAAUUCCUGCAACUUUUGCAACACUUCUUCAUUGGCCAGUGGAAUUGCAGAUAAGGGUAGGAUCAAUACUGAAGAAGGUUCAUAUUUUGAAGGCAGGGUGUUCGAAGAGAGUGAAAAGUAAAGGGAUAUAUAAGGCUUAUAUGCCUGGGAGAAGUGGAAGCAAUGAUGUGGGAUUGAAGAGUUUGUUGUAUUACUAUGAUGAGACUUGUCAACCUUAUAUAUGGAUUCAUGAUGUAGGGGGUGGUUCUUUGAGGAUGGUGAAACAACAGUAUGUGAGUCUUGAGGAUUUGAGGGAGUGUUGUGAGAUUAGGAUCUUGAGGGAUCAACAUAAGGGUUGCAUUUCGGUUUGUAAGAGAACUAGACCUGAUUUAUGCUGA